AUGUUCAUUAUUAGAAGAUCUCGAGGAAUACUAUUAUUGGUUUCAAUUGUUGUUUUCAAUUUGAUUGUAUUAUCACUAUUUCAAUUCACCCCCAUAGAUAAUUAUGUCAUUGGUAAUAAAUAUAUCGACAAUAUCAAACAACUACUAAUAAAUUACCAACCAGAUUCCCCUUCAUCACUAUUUAGUUCGUGGAGUUUGAGCAAUGAUGCAGGAUUUGCAUUAUCUAUGAAUCAUGAUAAAGAAAUUGCAUUCCACAACCAAGUGGCGUCAGCUGCUGAUAAUCAUGAAUCAACUAAUGAAUUAUAUAAUCAACUCGAUUCAACAACAAUUAAAGCUAGUCAAUUCAACGUCAUUGAUAUUCCUAAUGAUAUCCCUUUGGCUUAUCAACCAUUUGAUCCAAGAUUCACAUUGGGCUUGAUUUUGAACUAUAUUAAUGAACAAGAAAAUAAGGAUCUAGAAUUGCCUAGUUUCCAUUGGAGUGAUUUUGUUGAUAUGUCACCAUUGGAAGAUCAAUUUUUCCACGAUGAAAAUGAUAUUGAAAACUAUCAAAAGAAGAAAUUGAAUUGUAAAGAUUUUGAUGCCACUAAAAAGAACCCUCGAAUUAAUCAGAAAAAUAUGUUAUUUCCAACGAAGGAAUAUUGUAUUGAUGAUGACGAAAUUGACAAUAUACUAAAUGAUCAAGAACAGUUAUCAAGCUAUGAUUCAUAUGUUGUUGAACAAUUAAAAAAAAUCAAGCAGCAAAAUUCACCAAUGUCAUUAGGGUUUCAUAUUUUCGAGUUCCCAGGAAGAAAUGCUAAAAAAUAUCGCCCUAUAUUAGGCAAAGCUUAUGUUUAUGAGUUUAUGAAAAACCCUUCAACAUUAACAAUGUUAUUACCAACCACUAAUCAAGAACAACAAGGUUUUCAAAUGAUGUAUCAAAUGCCUGUUAAUCAACAAAAUCGAAAUAAAAUAUCAAAUUCCAAUCAAAUAUUUAAACUGGGGGUUACAAUUGAUUUAAAACAAGAAUUAAAUAAAUUGAUAACCAGUAAUAAACCACAAAAAUUAACUAGUUUGACUUAUGAAAAACAUUUAUCACACGAUAUGUUUGUCGAUAACUCGCCUGCGAUAAUCAUGUCAAUACAACAACAACUACAAACACAACCACUCAAUCAAACUGAUACUAAUUAUUUAAAUUCAUUGAAAUUUUCCUUGCUUUAUGAAAACCCUGGUAAAUAUUUCCAUGAAGCCAAUAUUCUUACUCGAGAAGCGAAUUUUGCUCUUGGGGGUCAUUAUGAUUGGAGAUUCAUGAAUGGGAUAAUCAAUAACACUCCACAAUUGAGUGUAUCAAUCAAUCAAUUGAUCAAAUCAUGGUUCCGAUUGACUAAUCAAUUUGGAUUGAACACUUGGAUUGCCCAUGGUUCAUUGUUAUCAUGGUACUGGAAUGGAUUACAAUUCCCCUGGGAUAGUGACAUUGAUGUACAAAUGCCAAUUCUGGAUUUACACAAAUUAUCAAGAUAUUUGAACCAAUCAGUGAUUGUUGAUUUUGGUCAUGAUAUCAAUAAUAUUCGAUUAGGUAGAUAUUUCUUGGACUGUUCCAGUCUUAUAUCACAAAGAGUUCGUGGUAAUGGGAACAAUAACAUUGAUGCACGUUUCAUUGAUAUGGAUACCGGGUUGUACAUUGAUAUUACAGGAUUAGCAUUGAGCAAUACCAUGGCACCAGCAAGAUAUAAUCACUUAUUACACUCAAGUCCUAAUAAUGGUGAAUUGGCUCGAGAAAAUAGUCGUGAUGCAACUAUUAGUGAAUUGGCAAGAAAUGAAUUCUUACAAGUUUAUAAUUGUCGAAAUAAUCAUUUCAGUCGAUUAGAAGAAUUGUCGCCCAUUAGAUUGAGUUUGGUCGAAGGGGAAUUUGGUUAUAUCCCAAAUGAAUUUGAAUCUAUUUUGAAAAUAGAAUAUAAUGAAAAAUCAAUCAAUAAUAAAGACUAUAAUGGGUUUGUAUUCUUACCCAAGUUACGAAUUUGGGUGAAAAAGAAACCAAUUGUUAAUUUUGUUGCUGCAAAGGAAGAAAAAGAACAACAGCAAAAACCAAACCAAUCUUCCAAGAAAACUGCUGAUGUUAUUACUAUUGAUUUAACUGAUGAAGAAUAUUCCCAGUAUUUAUUGGAAAAUCAGUCAGAGUUGAUCAGUUAUUUGAUUACCAGUAAUGUCACUUUAUUCCACCAGGAUGAAUUAGUUCAUUACUUUAAUGGGAGGUCGGCCAAAUCAUUGUUUUUCACUGACGAGGAAUCACAACAGGUACAGGAAGAACUGCAAUCGCAAUUGAUUUUGAAAAAAGGGCUAAUACAAGAUUUGAGUCAAGAUUUAUUCAAAUUCAAUUCAUUUCAAUCAAAUUAUAAUUAUGCUGAUAAAUUGAAUAAAAUCAAACUUUUACUUGGUGAAAAGCAACAACAACAGAAUAAUGAUGACAGCAACAGCAAAAAUAGUAGUGGUGAUAACGAUGAUCCAUUAAAUAGAAAUGAAAUUGUUAAUGAGAUUAACUGA